AUGGGAGAUCUAGACAAGUUGAUUGCACUGCAGAUAUUAUUGGAGUCCUAUGGUAUUUGUGAGGUUGCUCAAACUGACCGUCUAGAUUUACGACUAAUGAACGACACUAAUGUCAUAGCAGAAUUCUAUCAAAGUACGCGUGUCAUUCUAACAAAGCUAGAUGGAGGUUCUAGAGAUGGUGCAACUUUGAGCAAUAAUGAGGUGUUCAGGAAACCAAUCAAACUUGUAGAUCAUAGAGAGUACAUGGAGGACCUUAAACAAUUUUAUCUUGAUCGAACGGUUGGAUACCUCUUGAAAAUUGGAUAUGUUCUCUCAUUGGUUGAGAAGGCACAAGGAGUUAUGUGCCAAGAAUAUGUUGAAGAUUUGCAAAAGAAGUUAAGAAAUGCAUAUUUUGACUUCAAUGAUUUCCAAAGGCAGACUCGCGCAGUUGCUCGGAUGUGUUUCCUAACUCGCAUUAAUGGUAUAGUCCCGGAUAUAGGAAUUGUUACUCCAACCCAAUUUCGAGAAGCAGAUGAGAAAUUUAAAUUACUGGAGUCCAUGAUUAAAGCUAUGUCGCCAUAUUCAUCAACAAGUUACUUCACUGUCUUUGCUGGGAACAAAAUAAGUUUGAUAUCUCCUACAAACCUUGAGGAUAAGGUUCUCUUCAAGCGGGGGUAUUGUUAUGACCCAAAGGCAACCUAUGUUAAAGUAACAUACACAACCACCAUGGCCAAGUCGGCAGCACGUGAUGGGUAA